AUGGAUGAUUACGCGAGAAGCAUGGGCAUUCGAUUUGUGGAUGGAUUUACUGUCAAAGAAGCAUUAGAUAUGAUUUUUGAAGUUGAGGAAAGAAAUGAAAACGACGACAACCCAAUAAGAGCAGUGUUUAUAUCUCCACCUGAGGCAACUGUUCUUACGGAUGAAGAUUCUGGAGAUGAAGUUGAGUGUGAAGCUGAUAAUUUGAAUGCGAGACAAUUAUUAUCAGAAGCAGAGGUUGUAAGAGCACAUCGAAUAGAAGAAGAAUUUGUUUGGGAGGAAAAUAAAAAAAGAACAUGGAUCGAAGGGGAAUUUGAAACUACAGUGGAAGAUAAUUUUCCAAGCCAGGUUCAUGAUUUUACAAACAAAUCUUCUUCAGAUAUUUUCGAAUUAUUUUUCAAUGAAGAAAUUAUUAAUUUUUUAACGAGUUCUUCAAACGAAUACGCGCAAUUUAUAAAUUAUGGAAAUCCUGCAAUAACUUCAGAAGAAAUUAAAGUUUUCGUGGCAAUAUUGAUUCUCAGCGGAUAUAAUAAAUUGCCAGGAAAGAGAUUUUAUUGGGAUAAAACUAACGACAUGGGCAAUGAGCUAGUAACAAAUAGUAUGCGAAGAAAUCGAUUUGAACAAAUUUUACGAUUUUUUCAUUGCUGUGAUAACUCCAAUCCAAAUUUAAACGAUAAAAUGUGGAAAUUGCGACCCUUGGUGAAUAUG